AUGAGAGUUUGACCAAAUUUUCAUAUUCAUUACUUGAGAAUCACUUCCGACUCUUGCUGUGUUGUCGUCGUCAGCGGCGGUAGUGGGAAAAAUGUCGCGGCGGACGAUGGAGUGGGCGGCGAAGUCGGACCACCUUCACGGCAUACCACGCAAAGUCGUAAUAGCAGCAGUCGGUUCCUUCGCGAAAACAGUUUCAUCUCUCAUCAACACAACCUUCGUUCAUAACGCCGACACUCUCCUCCGCCUCGUUCGUUCCAGACCCAAAGGCAUCCCCCUCAUCACCGUCAGCAAUCACAUGUCAACUUUGGAUGAUCCGGCGAUGUGGGGAUUUAAGGGUUUUCCUAUCUUUGAUACUAAGUUAGCGAGAUGGGUUCUUGCUGCUGAAGAUAUCUGUUUUAGAAAUCCACUUUAUUCAUAUGUUUUUCGCACCGGAAAAUGCAUACCUAUUACAAGAGGUGGGGGGAUUUAUCAAAAGCACAUGAAUGAAGCGCUUGGGCGCUUAAAUGAUGGAGAAUGGCUGCAUACUUUUCCAGAAGGAAAAGUUCAUCAAGACGAUGCACCUAUAAGGCGAUUGAAAUGGGGAACUGCUAGUCUAAUUGUCCGUGCACCUAUAACUCCGAUUGUAUUGCCAAUUGUUCAUCAUGGUUUUCAUGAGGUGAUGCCAGAGAAAUAUAUGUUUGGUAGACGGCCUCCUUUACCAUUAUGCAAUAAGAAGAUUAACAUAAUUAUUGGCGAUCCAAUUGAAUUUGACCUUCCAGCAAUGAGUGAAAUGGCUAUUGCCCAGUCUCGGAAUGAUUCAUUCCCUACUAUUGGGUGGCCCAGAACUUCCGAUGGUUUGGAUGAGGCAGCUCAACGACAUCUGUACACUACACUUUCAGAGAAAAUUCGUGUUGCCAUGGAGAAAUUAAGAUGUUAUGGUAAAAGUUUUCUGAAGUCUUAAGUUAAACCCCACCUAAGCCUUUUAAGAUGCCACAAAUUUGUUCAUUGUAUUGUAUCAUUCUUUGUUUAGUUGACGGUUGAGUGAGAACUGUCAACCUGGGAUUCUUAAAGUCGAGUUAGCAAUAUAAUAUUUAAGUUUUGUAGGGCCAUGGCCCAUAGACUACCCUCCAUGUAAUGCCUAAAAUUAGAUAGGGUAAUAUUUGAAUACUAAUUUUUUCAGAGAAGGUAAACAAGUUUUAGCUCAAUCCUCAGGUAGGCUAAGGGAUAAAUACUAGUUAGUAGUUUUGGAGUUUUAUAAGAAACAUGCAUGCAUUUUUCUCCUUUGCAUUUUAUUAGUGCCUUGUCAUUUGUUGUGUGAGUCUAUGAGAUAUAAAUAAACAGCCGCGAUUCGCAGUUCCGGUUGGGAUGCGGUUCAAACUGGCCUUGUUCA